AUGUCACGGGAUAGACUAUUCAUGACCGCAAGCGCUGCCAUUGGGCUGUGCGCUGCCCUUUCCGCCUCCGUGCGCUUCGCUACUUCCUUUGGUCGGAUUCUACCUUGGAUUCUUGCGGCCGGCCACGCCUUUACUUUAUGUCGAGAAAUAAUGACUGCGAAACCCUGUCGAUCCGUCAUCGACGGGGCUGCUUCGUCUGCUCUCCUCGUUAUUGUGGAAGGCAUUAACGGUAGCCAGAAUUUAGAAUCCUCAGACGCCACGCCGCAGUCGCUUGUUACUAUUCUGCUAUCUAUUUUGCUUCUGGCCAUCUUCCUCUCGGUUCCAAGAGAGAGAAGCAAGCUACCUCAAGGCCGUUCCGUGGACCGCCAAAAUACAGCCUGUCUAAUCGAAGUACUAUUUUUUCUUUGGCCCAGGAAAGUUUUUCGACUGCAAGACUUGAGACAACGCGACAUCAACCUUCUACCCUUGCUUCCUGUACGCCUUCGGACAUCAACAUUGACAGAAAACCAUCGCCGUUUCGCAUCCCGGUUUAGUACCCAUCGGCUUGGCUUCGUUCUGCUCAAAGAAUACUCUGGUGCACUGAUUCUCCAGUCCAGCUUUUCCAUCUUGAACUCUUUGGCUGCACUGGGGCCAAAUCUAAUUUUAUAUCGAUUGCUCCAGCAUCUGGGCGGCGAGCGCGAGAGUGGCACCCGCGAGAAGAUGUUUUUGGCAUCGCUGCUCGGUCUGUCCCACCUUCUACCCGUAAUUAUUUCCUCUUGGAUGAAAUGGAUCGGCACCAGCAUGAUUGAUGUACCCAUGCGCUACACGUUGGCGUCAUUGACGUAUCAAAAGGUCCUAUCACUGCCGACCAUCACCCUUAGCGCUGAGGAGAAAGAGGCGCAAAGUAUGGCUACGUUACUACACAUGAAUGCACUCAGUGCUCGCGCGUGUUCUGCGUUUCCAAUCCUCCACCGGGUAGUCGGGCUCUUUACACAGCUAAUUUUCACAACCGUGGUUCUCAUCGCUCUUGUUCGGUGGCAGUCAGUUGCCAUUGCCAUCGCAGCGGCACUCUCCAUUACGCCUCUCACCAUGGAAUUUAUGAAUCGGUGGACUGCCUCUCUCUUUCAAAUAUGGAAGCUUAUGAGCAGCCGAAAUGCGACUCUGCGGGAUGCACUUCUUGCUAUUCGCCAGAUCAAGCUGUCUGCCGCCGAGGCGUGCUGGAAGCAAAAGAUCUACCAGAUUAGAGAUAAAGAGGUGCGAGGAUAUAGCGACAUUGCGUUCUUGCGAUUCUGGAUGGAAAUAAUCGGAGACAUCAGCCCUGCUGUUUUGAGCGGUCUGCCCGUAUACCUAUACGCACAGCAGAGUCAUGAGUUGACUGCAUCCGUGGCUUUUACAUUCAUCAGCCUCUUCAAGGACCUACAGUCGCAGUUGUGGGCCAUUCCUCAGGAACUUCCUCGAAUUAGAGCCGGCUGGAAUAGUGCCGGUGAAUUGGAUGCUUUUUUAAGAAAGGAAGAAAUGAAAGAUUCUCAGUUUGUCUCGUCCUCUGUAUUGUCCUUGCGUAAUGCCACCAUUACCUGGCAUACUAAAGGGAAUGAUACCGCGGCUUUUCAACUGAGAAACGUACAGGCCGAGUUUCCUGCAGGAGAGUUAAGCAUAGUAACUGGCAAAACGGGGAGCGGAAAGUCUUUGCUUUUGUCUGCUCUUGCCGGUGAAGCAAAGAUUUUGUCUGGCGAUAUUUGCCGUCCUUGUUCGUCCAAGAGCGAACAUACUGAGGAAUACCACGCGGAGAACUGGACCAAGCCAGGUAGUUUCGCAUUGGUAUCCCAGAAUCCAUGGAUGGACAAUGCCACAAUACAGGACAAUAUUCUGUUUGGUCUACCUAUGGACGCCCAACGCUACUCUCAUGUGCUCUACUGCUGUGCGCUGGACAAGGAUCUUCUCAACUUCAAAGACGGAGAUAUGACGGUCAUCACGAUCAAAGGUGUCUCUCUCAGCGGCGGACAGCGAUCUCGUAUCGCACUGGCGCGGGCUCUCUACUCCCGCGCCAGCUUCUUGUUAAUGGAUGACGUGCUCAGCGCUGUCGAUGCCGAGGUUCGUAAAUGGAUUGUGGAAAAGGCACUUUGUGGGAGUCUUUCGCGUGGUAGGACUCGUAUCCUUGUAACGCACCACGAAGAUCAAGUGCAUUCCGAGAUCUCAUAUCGACUGCUCAUUCAAGACCAAACAGGCGUCGGUGAAAUAGUGCCGAAGAAAACUCCUCCUUCAAUCACGCAGAGCACCCAAGCCUCUUCUCUCGCGGAUGAUGGGUUUAGCUUUGACUCACUUCGCCGCUCACCCGAUAAAAAAGCAACCGACACACCAGCCCAAGCUAGCAAACCAGAUGCAGCGGAAGAAACCUUCCGGCUAGCUCCCUACAUCAUGUACUUCAACGCUAGUGGUGGUGCAGUAAACUGGCUGCUAGCUAUCUUUUUGCUGGCAAUUUGCGAAUGGAACACAAUCUCUGUGUCCUUGUCCCUUGAGAGAUGGGUGUCAGAAGGUGAGAAACCUCGAGAACCUUCGACGCCUUAUUCUCUUUCGCCUGGUCAAGCAUAUAUGGUGAUGAGUGCUUUGACAACUCUGACUAUGUCUAUUCGAGGACUCUUCAUGUUCAGACUCUAUAGAGCUGCUUCGAAAAAGCUAUUUUAUCGCAUGAUGGAGCAUAUUUUCGGUGCACCACUCCGAUGGCUUGAAUCGACUUCACAUGGUGAUAUCCUUCAGCGCUGUGACCGGGAUAUAAGGAUCGUCGAUGAGGACUUGACCUAUUCGAUCGGUGCUUUUCUAGCGCUUUGUAGCCAGCUCAUAACCGUUCUAUUGAGUAGUACUCCUGCCAUGAUUGCUCUGUUCUGGCUGUUCCUCAAAAUUGGAAAAAAACUCAUUCCGGCAACAAAAUAUUUGACUUCUGUCUACUCGAAAACGACAUCUGCAUUUGCGCAGCAUCGCAGUUCGUUGUACGCUCUGGAUGGACUCUCGACGGUGCGCACGUAUGGGGUGAAAAAUCACUUCUCGCAACGGGCAAAUAAACUACUGGAUGAUAUGGCGUCGGCGACGUGGUAUAAUAGUUUACACAGUGUUGUGACAGAAUUUCAGCUCGGACUUCUGGGAGCCAUAUACGUUGCACUCUCUUGCUACACAAUUAUUGCGUCCAACGCGAAAGGCGGCGCUGCAGGUGCGGCACUGUCCUUUGCUGUACAGCUUGGCAGUACGGUAUCAGCCCUUCUUCAGCACAUAUCCUCAAUGGAUUCCAGCCUCAGGACCGCUGAGAGGGUUCACGAAUAUGGUUGCCUUGAACAGGAGCCAAUGGAUGGUUUGAACAUGGACACUUCGUGGCCUGACAAAGGCGAUCUUGUCGUUUCUCACUAUGUGGCUGGCUACGGCCCUGGUCUUUCUGAUGCCUUGCGCGACGUAUCUUUCAUCAUCAGGCCCGGUGAGACGGUUGGCGUAGUUGGCAGAACAGGCGCGGGGAAAUCGACCUUGGCGUUGGCCUUUGCGCGGCUUAUUGAGAGACGGCACGGAAGCAUUCUCAUCGAUUCAGUUGACAUUUCUCGUGUCAAACUCGAGGUAUUGCGCAAUCGAAUCCUUACCAUUCCUCAAGAUCCGCAUCUCUUUCGUGGCUCCCUCCGUGCCACCAUUGAUCCGGAUAACGUUUAUUCUGAUGAGGAAUUAGUUGCCUCUUUGCAGCAGUACCGAUUCUUCUCCGUAGCCGCAAGUGCAAAAAAGGAGAGCGAUGCAGAAAUUCCUGAUUUGUCUUUCAUGGUUAACGAUGGCGGAUCCAAUCUCUCUCAAGGCCAACGACAAAUAUUGUGUCUCAUCAAGGCAAUACUUUCGCGAAAGAAGAUUAUCAUCCUGGACGAGGCGACAAGUGCCGUCGACAUGGAGACAGACGCUGUGAUACAGACAAUGAUCCAAGAAGCACUGCAUGAUAGCACAGUCAUGGUAAUUGCUCAUAGGCUGGCCACCGUCUGUCAGCUGGACAAGGUGCUUGUCAUGCAGGACGGAAAAGUGGUGGAAUUUGGCAAGCCAGCUGAGCUGUAUCGGCAGAAGGGGCAGUUUUGGGGACUGGUCAAUCAUAGCAUUGAUAAAGAGGACCUGGUCAGGAGUUUUGCUCUAUGA